CCCAGCCAGCAGAUCUGUCAUCAGGUGCUGGGUCCAGUGAGGCAGGAGUAGUUGAGACGGAGGCAGGGCAAGUCCAAGUCAGCAUGGAGGUAGGGAGAGGAGGCAUGGAGACAUGUAGAGGAGACACAGAGGCAGGGAGAGUUCAAGACAACACAGAGGCAGCAAGUGGAGACACAGAGGCAGGAGGAGUCGGAGACCACACAGAGGCAGGGAGAGGAGACACAGAGGCAGGGGCAUCAGUGGCAGGACAGAAAGUGCAGUGCUACAAGUGCAACCAGCUUGUGGAGGGAGACAAAUUUUCAGAGCACCUGUCUGACCACCAUGUGGAGGAGAUGUGUGACACCUGUGGGGCCAAGGUGCAGGGUACUCUUGGUCUUUUGAAUCACAUCCAAACGGCUCACCAUACAGCAUUUAUUGUGCCAUCACCGCAAAAGCCACCCCCGAAAAACUACAAAAGCACUACCACCACAAAAGUUCUACCAUCAAAGACAACGCCAUCUCUGCUCCCUCCUUCAAGUAGCUCUGCCACACCACACCACACUGCAACUCCACCAACUUCAAUCAAUUGGAAAGGUUUUCUUCCUGAGCAGUUUCGGAGAGUAGUCCAGGAAGCAGAUCAGGUGUGGAUUUCCAAAUGCCUAUAUGAGCCUACAGGCCAGCUGAAACAAAAAAUCCAAGCCUGCUGGUUUCACCCCCCACUGAAGCCCAAACCAUCUCCUCCUGAGCCUGGGUGGUACUACCGGCAGAGGAUGUUCAUCUGGGCACCAAUGAGGAUGUGGGGAAUUCUUUUAAAAUGCCCAAAAUGUUCCCGGAAAAUGAACAGCUCCGGGAUCUACAGAAAGAUAAGGGAGGUAAUUGAUGUGGAUAGCCGCUACUACCUAGUGGGAGGGGACUAUCCACGUUGCAGCAAGUGCUCUCAGCCGGUCUGCCCAUGGAGCCAGGAUAUGCUCUCCCAGGUGGAUGUGGCACACAGGAGCAUGUUCCCCGCUGUCCUCACAACACAGCUGGCUCUGGACAGGAAAUGCAUGACUUUCCUGAAGCCUAGGACCAUUGGUAACAGUUCCUCCUACUUCCAGUCUGCAAUAGAGGAAGCGCACAGCGAGGAGUGGGCUCGGCAGACCAUCCGCUACCUCUCAGACUGUGAGCGUCAUAGUAAGAUGGCUACCUUCGUACCCUCUGCAGCUGUAUAUCUUCCUCCACCACCCUUCAGGCCCCUUCCACUUGCUCAAUGGUUUGAGACGGUCCAUUCCAAUGAAAUCCUCAGCCAUGUGGAUGAAAUGAAGGGAGUGAUCACUUCUACCUAUGGUAGAAUUCUUAAAAUGGAUUCAACAAAGAAGAUCACCAAAAAGCUGGCUGGCGAGAUCGGGGACAGUGCUGCAUGGAUGACAAACAUCGGCAACGAGUUUGGCCAGGUGUUGAACUCUGUUCUGACGACGGGUGAAGGUGCAGGGUUGGAAGAGUUGUGCCAAGGCAUCGUCACUCGGUACAAGAAUGCGGGCCAAGCUGAACCUGAGGUCAUCUAUGUCGACCGGGAUUGCUGCAGCCAGUCAGGUGUGUCUUCAGUGGCUAAGCUCUUUCACCCAUGGAGGUCUGCAGUGCGCUUAGACAGCUUCCAUUUCAUGAGACGCUUUAACUGCGGCCUCACUACAGAACACCACCCUCUCUAUGGCACCUUUUGUGCCAAGCUUUCCUCCUGCGUUUUUGAAUGGGACCAGGAGGAUGUGCAACGCCUGAAGGAGGCCAAGAGAGCAGAGUGGAAGAGCAGCCACAGCGGACAUACUCCCACUGAAGAACAGCUCAUGGCCACUAUCAGCCCAGGGGAAUUAAAGAGACACUGCAGGAGGAGAACGCGUGGAGUGGAGGAGAUGCGGAGCAUGAUUUCAGGGCUGCUGGAAUCAGUAUGGGAGCUGACAGACACCACAGGGCUGCGUCUGGUGAGCCAUGACAGCAUGCGCCACGUGUGGAAAGUGCAGCAGAAGCACCUGGAGUGCCUCCAAGACCCUGCAGGUGUUGCACUGUACACAAAGGUGGGGACACUCCAAAAGGGCGGCAAAGAGCUGGACAUCCUUAGGUGUGGUAGGGGGUCCUCCUCCCUGGAGAGUUUUCACCGACAUCAGUGUGCUUUUAUUCCAGGCUGGAGGUGCAAUGCUGUACAUAUGCAAAUGUACAUGCUCGAGGGGGCAUCAAGAUGGAACAUGGGUCGGGCUAAGGAGGCAGUAGAUGUGGAGGGGGCCUCGUCCCUAAGAAGCUUUGAUGUUCGCUUGAUUUCCCACCUUAACAACUUAAGCCAGCGCGUCCAUGGUUGUGAUCUGGUGCCAGAGAUCACCCCACCUGGGAAACCUACUGGUGAGCGUAUAGCAGUGGAAUAUUUAUUGGCCCAGACCAACAGAGGUGACCUGCUGGCUCCAUCACAGGUCUCCGAAAUCCCCUCGCAGGUGCUUGAGGAGGAGGAGGAUGAACCAGAUGACACCAUCAGCAUGCCUGACAUUGUCUUCCAUUCAGCUGAGAUAGGGGCUGGUGAUCCUCCAAGUGCUGUGGAGGGUGACACUGAACCCGGACCCCUCAUCACAGAGACCAGCCAAUGUGACUCGAGGGGCGUUGUGGGAUGGGAGGCAGUUGAUGCCCUUGCAGCCUACCUAGUUGACUUGAAUCGCACCAUCACCGCCUUGUCAGCCAAGGAGGCGGCAUACAUAGUCAACCUGUACACAGCUCUCCAUGCCAUGGACAAAAAACCUUUAAGGUACACCCAGAAGGCUAAGAAAAAAGCACAUGCAUCAGGAGGACCAUGGAGAGCACCCAGGAAGCCGAGUGGCUCUGCUCCUGGACAGCAGGCGGCAGAGAGACUAUACAUGAUUCACGGCCAAGCAGCCCAGGACCCCGGAAUACAUAGGGUCAGUGACUGUGUUUGCCUCAGACUUGCAAAAGAGUUUGAGCAGUCAUGCAACAGGCCAAAGGACGCAAAGGGGAAAACCAUGCCCAUCCCUCAGUCCAUUGUCAGCGUCUACAGCCACAUCAAACAGCUGCUGGAGGACAGCAUGGUUGUCCUGAACCAGACGAAUCUGAGUCUGGUGCCGGUUAACAACACCACAGUAUCUUCAUGGCUGCUUAGGAGGGAUAAGAGGAAGGACAGGAACAUGCAGCUGCAAGGCACUGCACUUCCCAAACAGCUGUACCUGGCCAAGGAGCCUCUUCCUGCAGUGAACACACUUCCAGCUGCCCCUGUGCAACAUGCACAUGAACCUAUGACAUUUGAGGAGCCUGAAAACCAUGAGGGGGAAGCUUUCCCCCGCCAGCGCACACUAGCGGUAAGCAAGCCUGUGUUCUCUCCACCAUCUCCACCUCCCCAGUUCCCUCCACAAUUUGGGCCAGCGCCUCCAUUCCAGCAAACUCCUCAGUUGCAGCAUGCGCCUCCAUUUCCACAUGCUUCUCCAUUUCUGCAUGCUCCUCCAUAUCCCCAUGCACCUCCCUAUACACAUGCACCUCCAUAUCCCCAUUCACCUCCAUAUCCCCAUGCUCCUCCAUAUCCGCAUGCUCCUCCAUAUCCGCAUGCUCCUCCAUUUCCGCAUGCUCCUCCAUAUCCACAAGCUUCUCCAUUGCAGCAAGCUCCUACAGAGUGCCUUCCAUCCCAGCCAAGGCAACGUGCCUGGAGGCUGAAGAAAGCUGCCCAGGAGGAUGAGGAGCUAGUGUCAAGGGGGGAACCGCCACGGAAGAGGCUAACAAAAGAAAACUAUCACUACACCUGCAAGUUGUGUGGCCAGGAAAAAAUAAAACAACUGGACACACCCAGCUGA